CGUAUUACCGGAACAAAACUCUCCCUUUUCGUAUCACAUCAAAACUGUACCAUACAUGACAUAAUUACCUAUCUUUCUAUAUUGUUUUAUUUGUACAUGCGUUAAAUUCUCCUAAUUAAUUCGUCCUAUGCUAUUAUGUGUAAAUUGUUCAAUAUUAAAUAUCGUUUACUUUCAAAGUAUUUGUCAAAUUCAUUGUACCAACAUAAGUAUCAGUGUGAUAAAAUAAUAUAUUAUCACCCUUUUUUCUCAAUUAUUCUACAAUUACAUGGGUAAUCUGUUUUCUGAGAACCAGAAACAAACGACGUUUCAACUGGAUGAUAUGGGAGUAAAAGAAGAGACCAUAGUUAACGGAGGGACGGACAACGGAUUCGACCUGAUUAACAGAGAUCCUAAUAGCAUUAACAGCCAUGUUAAGGUUGCCUUUGAAGAUAUCUUAGGAGAACCAGACAGUGUACACAGUUUAAACUGUGUUUGGAAGUUCUCGUAUAUCUGUUUCAACUUCUGGCAAAGACUUUGCUACAUCAUCUUGACCACGUGUUGUGGUAUAUGUAUUGCCGCUCAAUGGGGAUGUGAGUUUGGAUACAUAGCGUUCAGUCACGUGUGGUGUAUUACUCCCAUGUUCAAAGUUAUGGAGAUCAACUGUGGUUGUCUACAGAGAAUAUAUGGAGUCUGUGUCCACUGCUGCUUUGAUCCGCUCUGUGAAUCAUUCGGACUUCUCUUUGGUAACUUUAGAAGACCAUACCAGUAACCGUUUGCAGAAAAAUGGAAAAGAUAAAAGUGAAACUUUUAAAUUUAUAUUCAUCAUAUUAAUUCAUUCGCAGUAGCACAAAACGGGGUAUACACUAAAUACUUUGUUCCUUUGGUAACAAAAUUCAUUGAAGUCCAUAUUAAACUAUGGAAUGGAUAUCUGUCAAACAAUGGAAUAACAAAAAUAAUUCAGUGCUAAAAAAUGUACGUAAGAACUGUUGUGUUUGUUUGACCAUUCCUGUCUCAUCGAGUUGAACAUUUCAAUGUUGUUGAAGAUCGCAAUUUGCCUGUUGUAUUGAAAUGCACCAUUGAUGUUUCAAGAUGAAGUAUUGUUUAAUGGCAUUUAGCCUUUAUUAUUAUUAUCUUAUUUAAGAAUACCCAUCUACAUAAAAAUAUUAUGAUGAAGUAUGCCAACGCCGUACAUCUAAAAAUAGACUCAUGUUUCACAGUGAGCAGGAUACUUGUUGAUCUAUUUUUUUCUAAAUAUUAUUUAGUUUCAUUUUUACUGUCUUUUAGUUAUUUUAUUGCUUUAAAUUUCAUUUCAGAGUUAACUUUCUUUGUUUUUGUACAGCGAUCGAAAAUUUUGAAUAGGUCUCGACGCAAAAAGCAAUGAAAGUAAACUUAAACUUUAACUAAAUAUAAAUAGAAUGUAAUGAAACUCUCUCAAAAUGUCGACUAUGAUGCGCCCUCGUUAUCAACUAAUAAGUCCAUGACGAAGACAAGCAAAUCUUAAGAAUCAGGAAAACAUACAUGGUUCAGUAGGGAAUAUUUGAAAUUGAUUGAGAAGAUAAUUUGGAAUUAUCUUGUAAUUUGGAAUAAUCAUAUAAUUUGUGUUUAUUUAAUUGAAAUAUGAAACAUACGUUUUUUGCUUAUUAUCAAUUUUGUAAUUCAGUUUCAAAAUGAAAUAAAUCAAUCAUAUAGUC